AUGGCCCAACCGAUUUCUAUUGGCGACGCCUACCUCCUAGCCAAGCUUUCAUGGCGGAUUGGCCGGGCACUGAGUUCUGGCCGCAAGGCUGCUGCGACUGAAAUAGGCGAAGUGCAGAACCAGCUUUUUGCGCUCGGAAAAGCGUUGGAUGUUUCUAGCGACGUCUAUUCGCGGAACAAGAUACUCGGCGAAAACCAGUCUUUCCAAACGAUGCUAUCAAACUGCCGUGAAACGCUUCGGCAUCUUGAAAAGUUGAUGGAAAAGUACAAAGACGUCGACAACCCCACACAACCAGAAGACGAUCUCCCGCUGAGAUUGAAAGAGACUGUGAUCCGCAAUUGGACCAAGAUAAAGUGGACAACGAAGGGCGGCGACGUAUCAGAUCUGCGUGACGCCUUGGGUGCUCAUAUCAACGCCAUCAACCUCACUCUGUCGGCCCUUAACCUUGAAAGAGGUCGGGAGAUAGAGCUUCGAACAGGCCGCAUCCUUCAAAUGGCCGAGGAGAUGUAUCUCUCAUGGAAGCACCAGAAGCCGGCUCCGGCCACCGCAUCAAAACAUACGACGGGGCCGCCGUCUGGAACACUUGCGCGGGCAACCAUCUACAUCCAAACGGAACCAUCUAAAGAACCUCAAAUGAUCUGUCCUCGGGCGUUGAUACGACUCAAGUGCGUUCAGGAAUCCCCGCUCGAAGGCGCCGGACUUUUCGAAUGCGCAUGCAAGGAGGAUCGGCAGCCCCACGCCGAAGACCUCUCCCUCACAAUCCGAGACUCAAGCUUCUUGAUUCGAACACCCGGUCAGAGGCCGUCCUGGGAGAUUCAACUCUAUUCUGAAGUUCUUGGUAGAACAGUGCAAGCUAUCAUUUCAAACCUGGCGGCCUCAAAAACCGGGGAAUUCGAGGAAUUCAUCCAUGCUCUUGCUUUUAGACAAGGCGAGAACAUGAUCAACCAGGGCAUAAGCUCUCCCUUGGCUUUCAUUGGACUAGAAAGAUCUUUAGAAGGAGACGAGCAAUAUCUUUCAGUGUUGAAGAUGCAAGCCAAGAUGAGUGGGUUCGAAAACAGCAUUGCUGAAGUUACAUUCGACACCAGCGGAACCAUGCCUCCACUCACCCUGAGAAACAUCCAGUCUAUGCAUCUCCUUCAUUAUUUCUCUUUCUGUCUGCGUAGCUCUGGCCAAGGAGGCAAAGACAAGCAGUACGCCGAGCUGUCUUUCGAAGUGCCGGAUGCCGCACAUACUCACGCGGCCUCCCGUUACACUGUCCAGGUCCACUACUUCACGGAAGUUGAUGUCAACACCGUGCACAGGAACGUAUUCAUCGACGAUGUUCUGUGCGCGGAGGACGGCGAUACCUCCUCACAGCUCAAAGCAGACGUACAAAUUCAUUUCGAUUCUACUGAAGCCGCCGAAAACUUUGCAAGUUGUCUCCGUCUGAUUCAGGCCGAGCUCUUCCUUUCGUACUUGCGCUCUGAACGAGUGGGCGAAUCACUGCUCUUCACGAAACCCUUGGGAAACUGCAAGAUUCAUGAAUAUCUUCUUCUCGAUACAACAGCAACUGGCAUCCGAGACGAUGUCACGGGAGAGGAGCGCGUCAUCGUUGCAAACAACUCGAAAGCACUUUCCGUUUGCAUUCCCUCACCUUCACUUUCUGCUGCCGCCGGCCCAGAGCUGUCUCCCGAGAGUCAGCUGAUCGUAGUCCAGAUCAGUGCGGAUAGAACGUCAAUCAUUCCACUGAAUGCAGAUACAACCUUCAUGCAGGUAGGAUCAAGCGGUGGUUUAGGUGCUGGGGAGCUCGAAUGA